AUGAGUUCGUCAACAGCGGCUGUCCUCUAUGCCCUCACGGUCUCUACUUCUCCAAUCUCUCCUGGGCCAGAGGAUGCGUCAAAGAAAAGCCAUCAUCUUCAGGAGGGGUUCAAGAAUCCAUGGGAUUCGUGGUACCAACAUGACUUCUUUGGGAUCCUCGGACACAUGGUUCACCGCCGGGUAUCUGGUAAAGGUAACGUCCCCGACACGAAGCCUCCAACCGUACCAGUCCAGAAACCCGAGUUCCUCCCCUCCCGAGAAACAUCCAACCUACGAGCAACAUGGCUAGGCCAUGCAUGUUACUACGUCGAAUUCCCCAGCGGCCUGCGAGUCCUCUUCGACCCGGUCUUCGAGGACCGCUGCUCCCCUUGCUCCUUCAUGGGCCCGAAGCGUUACACAAAGAUGCCGUGUGAAAUCAAAGACAUACCCGUUGUCGACGCAGUCGUGAUCUCACAUAACCACUACGAUCACUUGUCGUAUCCAACCGUGAAGGAGAUAUCUGAAAAGCAUCCGAAUUGUCAUUUCUUCGCUCCGCUGGGGAACAAGGCGUGGUUCGACAGCUGUGGAAUUAAUAAUAUGACUGAACUGGACUGGUGGGAUGAGCGCGAUAUCAUCCUCUCGCCAUCGCAAGGGUCAGCGCCAGCUACGGAUGUGGAAACGCCACAUGGCGCUUCUGAAGCGAAGGAUGCGGAUAUCAAAGCUCGCAUUGGCUGCUUGCCAUGUCAACAUACGAGUGCACGCGGUCUCUUCGAUAGGUCCAAGACAUUGUGGUCUUCAUGGUCUAUCGAAUCGGGAGGACGUAAAGUAUACUUUGCUGGAGACACCGGUUACAGGGCCGUCCCUCAACUCCCCGACGAUGUCGAUGACCACGCCCCCGAAUACGACUUCCCCUCCUGUCCAGCCUUCAAGCAAAUCGGCAAAUACCGCGGACCCUUCGAUCUAGGUCUAAUUCCCAUCGGCGCAUACCAACCCCGAUACAUCAUGAGUCCCAUGCACGCCGACCCGCACGACUCUGUACAAAUAUUCAAAGACACAAAGUGUCAGCGAGCGCUGGGUAUGCAUUGGGGUACGUGGGUGCUUACUGAGGAGGAUGUUCUGGAGCCGCCGAGGAAGUUGAAGGAGUAUUUGCGGAAGGAGGAUAUCGCUGAAGAGGGGGUUUUUGAUGUUUGUGAUAUUGGGGAGAGUCGGGAGUUUUAG